CAAACUGCGGAGUAGGGUUUUAAACUUAAUUACCUCAAAACUUUGAGUCCCUCUUCCGUCCGAGAGAGAGCGAGAGAAAGGUAGGAAAGAUGGUGCAGAGAGUGACUUACAGGAAGCGCCAUAGCUAUGCCACCAAAUCCAACCAACACCGUGUCGUCAAAACCCCUGGUACUAAUCCUACUUCUUUACUUUUAUUAUUUGUGAUGAUUCAUCCCAUUUUAACUACUACUCCCUCUAUCCCAGGUGGGAAGUUGGUGUAUCAGACAACCAAGAAGAGGGCUAGUGGUCCUAAGUGCCCCGUCACUGGAAAGAGGAUUCAGGGGAUUCCACAUUUGAGACCAACAGAGUAUAAGAGAUCCAGAUUGUCUAGGAACAGGAGGACUGUGAAUCGUGCCUAUGGUGGAGUUUUGUCUGGAGGAGCAGUGAGGGAAAGGAUUGUCCGAGCUUUCUUGGUGGAAGAGCAAAAAAUUGUUAAGAAGGUUUUGAAGAUCCAAAAAACCAAAGAAAAAUUGGCAGCUAAGAGCUAAGCAGAGAGUUUUUAGGGAAUUUUCUUUUAAGUUUUAAUGAAAUUUUGACAUUCAAGUGUUUACUAUAUGUGUGUGCUACAAAUGACUUGAUUGCUACAACAAUUUGAGGAGCAUUUUGCUUUA